ACUCUCCCUCUUGUAAAGCGCGAAAAGACCUCAACCGUCCGAUCUUUCAGCGAUCUGCUGACGUGUAAUCACUCUCAGCCGUCCACUUUAUUCUGCUGCUGGGCUUUACAGCUCGCAAACAAAAGAGGCCGAGUUUAUUCCCACCAACCAUCAUUUCCAAAAUUCCCCUCUUCACCGUCGGAGGCGAAACUUUGUGUCGGUUGCGGCGAAACGUUCCUCGUGUCGGCGAUACUUUUUGCCCCGUUAUUUUUUUCGUGGCGGUAUCGGGCUAGGGUUUUCGAGCUGGAUCAAGGAGGUGAUUUAGGGUUUUACUGCGGGGAGUUCUGGUGUGAUCUCAUGGAUUCGGGCGCCAGAAACGAGAAACCUAUUGAAGAGUCGAUGAAAAGCUUAAAAAUUGAUACUGCUUCAAAAAAAUGCGAGACCAAUUUGGUAAAUUUAAGAUUUGAAUUCAGAAACUUCAUUUCAUCUGGUCCAAGAGAAGCGAGCCCGUUUGAUGCAACAUCUUGCAUGUCCUCUACAGGCAGCAUCAAAGGGAGCGAGGUUGACCGAGAGACUACUAUGGGAGAUCAGGGGAUGUAUUAUUAUGGGUACUGCUAUCCAGGAUACAGUGGUUCAAUUGGUGAGUGGGAUGAUCAGGGUUACUAUAUGCCAGCUGAGAACUUCGAGAUGCAACCCUCUGCUGCUCAAGCAGAAAAUGGGUCAGUGCUAUACUAUUUACCCGGGUAUCAACCUGGCUAUGCUUCUUACAAUCCCAUCAUUCCCGGAGCAUUUGUUGGUGCUGAUGGGCAAUAUUUGGUUCAACAGUCAUAUUACCCAAAUCCAAUGAUACAGCAGCCCCCUACAUCUCCAGGUUUUGCUUAUGGACCAGAUCUGGUUCCAGCAUGCCCAUGGGAUUCAUCUCUUCUCUUUGCCAAUGGGCUUCAAUUGCAUGGGGUUUAUGGAGAUACAACAAUUCCAGCUUCAAAAUCUAAUUUAUCUUCCCGAAGUCAAACAUUUAUUUCUUCCAAAACUUCAACCUCCUCAAAGUCUUCAACUUCUGAGUCAAAAGGAAGUUCACUGGGAUUGGAUGUGAAAUCAACUACUACAGUUCCAAAGCAUUCCCUCAAGCCUGUAAAUAAGGGAGCUCCUCCUGUAUUCUCCAAAGGUUAUAUCCCCAUUAACAAGCUUCCGGCAUAUGCCCAAGGGAAAAGCGGAGUAUUCUAUCCAAACAGCCCUAUGAACAUUAAAGAAAGUGGCAGAAAUUGGGUUGGGGCUGAGAAGGCGAGAGCCAGGACUAAACUUCAUGAACUUGGCGAUUUUGAUGAUUUUGAUCUAAAUGAACAAAAUCGAGGUCCAAGAACAAACAACAACAAGAACGCCUUGGAUGCUGGGGUUAAUCUAGUUGGUUCUCCAGGUACUGGGAAAAAUGAGAACGAUAGCACUCUAAUCACCAGAAUAAAGAAGGAUAUGUAUAACCUUCCAGAUUUCCCAACAGAGUACGAACAUGCAUUAUUCUUUGUUAUAAAGUCAUACAGCGAAGAUGAUAUCCAUAAGAGUAUAAAGUACAAUGUCUGGGCAAGCACUCCAAAUGGAAAUAGAAGGCUUGAUAAUGCUUUUCAACUUGCUCAAGAGAAGAAGGCUGAGAAGGGAAGCAAGUGUCCAGUGUUCCUUUUCUUUUCUGUCAAUGCUAGCGGCCAAUUCUGUGGUGUAGCUGAAAUGUUAGAUCAUGUAGAUUUCAACAAGAACAUGGACUUUUGGCAACAGGACAAGUGGAAUGGCUUCUUUCCAGUAAAAUGGCAUGUUAUCAAGGAUGUCCCAAAUCCUCAAUUUCGUCAUAUAUUAUUGGAGAACAAUGAAAAUAAGCCUGUUACAAACAGCAGAGACACACAGGAGGUGAAAUUUCCACAAGGGAUUGAAAUUUUGAACAUAUUCAAGAACUACUCAUCCAAAACUUCCAUAUUGGAUGACUUUGAUUUUUAUGAGAACCGGCAGAAGGUCAUGCAGCAUAAGAGGAGUAAGCCGCCGAUCCCGAAUUUUGACCUUCCAUCGCUCAAAGUUGAAGAAUUGUCACAGGUCUCAAAGCCAGAUGAUGAUCUGAAGUCUGUUUCAAACCCUCAAUCUGUAGAAGCUGUGUUGUUGGCCGUGGAUGUGGCAGAAUAAUGACUCCUCAAUUGGAAGCUUGGCUUGCUUGUCUCUGCUGUCAUUAGCUCAUAAUUAUUGGCGUUACUGAACAAUGCCAUUCUUCGAGGAUUCAGUUUGUUGUUUGCCUGACAAUCCGUUGAAAGAUUAACUUCUAAUUUGUACAGGAAGAAAGGGGUUAGUGUUCAAGAAAAUCUCCCCAAGAGCAUCGGGUGCCAUGAUUGGGCUGAGAUCAUUGUUGCCGAUCAGCAACAGCUUGCAGGAAUCACCGCUGCAGUUUAUAGAUCAUUUCCCCCCUUUGUUCUCUCGCAUGAUUUCCUUUUCUGUUUGUUGGCAUUUUUUUGGCCUUUUGUUUCUCUUUCCAUUGUUGGGCUUGUGAUGGUUGGUCAAGUUUCUUUGGUGUCCGUAUUGGUUCCAUGGGUUGGGAAAUGAUGCCUAUGGAGCUUGUUCCUUCAUUACUGUUGUAAAGUUCAAAAAGAAAAGGAAAAAAAUAAAAAAGAAAAGAAAAAUGACCCAAGUUAUUUGCUUGGCA